AUGGAUAAUUUAUCAUAUUUGCUCUCAUCAUUUGUGUUGGUCUUUUUUUGGUUGAUAAGCUCUGCUUCUACAGCAAACACCAAAUUCUUCCACUUCAAUGUGCAAUAUGCUAAUAUCACCAGGCUAUGCCAUUCAAAAUCUCUUUUAACAGUGAAUGGGCAGUAUCCAGGGCCAAACAUUGCCAUUACUGAGGGUGAUAAUGUGGUUAUAAAGGUCUCCAACCAUGUCAAGUCUAAUACUACUCUACACUGGCAUGGAAUUCGACAAAUUAGAACAGCAUGGGCUGAUGGGCCUGCAUAUGUAACACAAUGUCCAAUACAACGAGGACAUUCAUACACAUACAAAUUCAGGGUUACCAAACAAAGAGGAACUCUUUGGUGGCAUGCUCACAUUUCAUGGCAGAGAGCAUCUGUACAUGGUGCUUUUAUCAUUUAUCCAAAGAAAACAAUUCCAUAUCCAUUUCCCAAACCUGACUUGGAAGUACCCAUCAUAUUCGGUGAGUGGUGGAAUGAAGAUGUUGAAGGAAUAGAAAAAGACAUCAUUCAAUAUGGUGGAGGUCCCAAUGUAUCCGAAGCAUAUACUAUUAAUGGCUUGCCAGGGUCUCUUUAUCCUUGCUCUAACAAAGAUACCUUUGUGCAAAAAGUGGAAAGCGGCAAGACAUAUCUGCUACGUCUCAUAAACGCAGCGUUAAACGACGAGCUGUUCUUCGCAAUCGCAAACCACACGAUGACAGUUGUCGAGAUCGACGCCUCCUAUACAAAGCCAUUCACGACAGAAGCCGUGAUGAUAACUCCAGGCCAAACAAUGAACGUCCUUGUCACAGCCAAUCAACGGCCAGCAAAAUACCACGUGGCAGCUUGUCCGUACGUCACGUCAAAAGCGCCAUUUGACGAAACAAGGACCACAGCACUCUGGCUUUACUCAAAACCAUCUCUGUCAAUUGACGGCAACCAGGACGAACCAGUCGUGACGGAGAAUCUUCCCGUCAUGAGAGACACGGCCUACGCCACAAAAUUCACUGCAAGUCUCAGAAGCCUCAAUUCCAGAGAUUAUCCGUCAAAUGACGUGCCUAAGAAAAUCGACCGUGAAUUCCUCUUCACCAUUAGCCUCGGCCUGCAAGAUUGUCCAAGGGGGAAAAUUUGCAAAGGAUAUUAUGGAGGCAGAUUCUCGGCUUCAAUGAACAAUCAGUCAUUUGUCCGUCCAUUAAUGGCAAUGUUACAGGCUGCUUAUUAUAAUAUGAGUGGGGUUUUCUCAAAGGAUUUUCCCGCCCAGCCGCCGAGAAAGUUCAAUUAUACAGACAAUUUGCUUAGUAUGAACAUGAAUCCUCAGUUCGGAUCCAGGAUUGCAGUCGUUAAUUUCAAUGAUAAUGUUGAGAUUGUUUUGCAAGAUACUAGUCUUCUAAGCUUUGAGAAUCAUCCCAUUCAUUUACAUGGCUUCAAUUUUUAUGUUGUGGGGAAUGGAUUUGGGAACUUUGAUCCAGAAAAGGAUCGCGCUGCUUUCAAUCUCGUGGAUCCUCCUCUGCGUAAUACUGUUGCUGUGCCGAGUGCAGGGUGGACUGCAUUGCGGUUUAAAGCUGAUAAUCCAGGUGUCUGGUUCCUGCACUGCCAUCUGGAAAUACAUACAACAUGGGGUUUAGCCACAGCGAUCAUGGUGGAGAAUGGGCCUGGUCCUGGGCAGUCUAUACUUCCACCUCCCAAUGAUCUACCUCCAUGUUAAUCACACACAGAAGCUUCAUGCUUUGAAUGUUUUGAAGAAGUAUUAGCUUAUGGUUGUGUGGCGUUUGUUACUUUUUUGGUCUUGAAAAUGCGAGCAUACAUACCAUCUUGGAGUUCCAAGGGUAUAUUGGGAGAGGCUAUACCAUAUGAAAUAUGAAAGUUCAUUUAAAAAAAAUAAAAUUUAAAGUUGUAAAUUCGAAAUCUAUGUAAAUAUAAGUGAUGUUUAGAAACA